AUGGGAUUAUCCAGGUUCUUUCUAUUGAUGCGUUGUCUCAGAUUUGACAGUAAAGAUACACGAGAAGAGAGAAUACAACUGGAUAAACUGGCACCUAUUAGAGAGUUGUUUGAUAUAGUUGUGGGAACGUUCAAAAAAUAUUACAGCGUGUCUCAGUAUGUUACAAUUGACGAGAAGUUAGAGGCUUUUAGAGGACGUUGUAACUUUCGCCAGUACAUUCCAUCAAAACCCAACAAAUACGGAAUCAAAAUUUAUGCGUUGACAGAUGCCAAAAUGUUUUAUACCCAUACCAUGGAAGUUUAUGUUGGGAAGCAACCAGACGGUCCAUACCAAGUUGAUAACUCCGCUUUGGCUUUGGUUUUGCGAUUGAGUGAAAAUAUUCACAAUACUGGGCGUAAUAUCACAUGUGAUAACUUCUUCACUAGUAUUCCAUUGAUAGAUAAGCUUGAUCCGACUAAGUCCAGGCGGGAGGCUGUUGGGGCCUUCAAAAAGAGCAUCUCUUUCAGAGAUUGCACCUAUGCUCCAGCGAGGGUCCCACCGGUCUCCAACAAUAAAAUCAGGGUGGAGUUUGACACCCAGGAGCUGUGUGACGACGCCUUUACCAAACUUCGCAGCAAACCAGACGCGCCAGUGACAGCCGAACUAGCAAGGAAGCUCAAACAUAUGAUCUUGCUGAAGAGAAUCAGCUCCGACAUGGCUCCGAAAGAUCUGGUGAGUACCCUCCUACGCCAAAACCCGCAACUUCACACAUACAGUGACACUGACAUCACCUUCCGCUUCAAAAGAGGCAACAAUAGAAGCACCCACCUCUACAAAGCCGUCCUUGUGGCUAAUCCAGCCACCUGGAAAACAAUAGUCGACAUGGGGAGAGUCUGCCUGGACUUCCAGAAGGUACAAGCAGAGGACUUCUCCCAAUUCUUAGAGUACCAGAAGUGCCUCAACUUCGGGCACGUGAAAAAACACUGCCGGACUGAAGCCACACGGUGCUCUCAUUGCGCAUCAGACACUCACCUACAAGACCAAUGCCCAACCAAGGACACUCCGCACCCUCCUAAGUGCUACAACUGUACCCAACACAACAUCAAAUUCCACAAUAACCACCCCACUACACACAAGGCUACGUCACAGACAUGCCCCAUUUUAAGAACAAUAAAAACCAGAACAUUAAAUUCAGUUGAUUAUGGAUCUACACAAAAUGAAAAUUCUUCAGUGUAA